AUGGCGCCGGCUGUCCCUCGCCAGCGGUCGACAGGCCAUCUGGCCUUUGGCCAAUGGGUCGCCAGCCCCGAGCCGCCUUCGCCAGCAGCACGGCAGGCGGCUAUAGCACAGCGCCGGCAGCGGCAGAAGGCGCGCGAACAGCUUCUCCUGGAUAUCGCCUCCCUAGCUGAGGAAGACGCAGCCUCCUCGGCGCGCCGAUCGGCUCUCGAAGACCAGGUAGCAGCGAUGCGUGAACGCGUCGACGAACUGGAAGCGGAAUGCUUGCGCCACGAGAAAGCCAAGCAGGAGGCGGCCGCCAAAGAAGCGGAAGCCCAGGAAGCUUGGCUCUCCGAGCAGCGCCCAUCCUUAGAGGGAGCCAUCUCCCGGCUGACCCGUCACCGCGACGCUUGGCGGGAGCUCUGCGUGGAGCUGCGGAGGAAGGUUGGGCAGGAGGAGCACGAACUCAAGGAGCUGUCCGAACGCCACGAGCGUGGCGUCAACGAGAGAAGGCGGCUACAGGCCGAGUGUUUGAGUCUGCAGCAGGAGUGUGAAGAUGCGCAAGCAGAUCUGCAAGAUUUGCGAAGCCUACUCCAGGAAGACACCCAGAGCCUCGAGAAAAUGGCUGCCCGGCGACUGACGCUGGAGUGGACCUUGGAGGAACACUCAAAGCGUCAAGUACAUCUCCAGACUGCGCUGAAGAACUCCAUCAGCACGCUGCAGAACGGCACGGCGAAGGAGCGAGCGCUUCGAGAGCUCCACGGGAACGCCGCUAACGAGCACUGCGUGGCCCAUCGGGAGCUUGCAGAAGGUCAUCGAUCCGAGGUCCUACGUCUGGAAGACGCAGCGGGCGAGGCCGAGGCAAGCUGCGCCGAGCUCUUGGAACUGGUCGCCUCGGGCGCCGCGGAGGCCCAGCGAUUGGAGGAGGAGGUGGCCCAGCUCGAGAGGGAGAAGACCCUGGAGGAGCAGCAAGACGCAAGCAUUAGGCGGACCCUUGAAGCAGUGAGGGCAAAAAAAGAUGCCCUGGCAAGGCGGUCUCUGGAACUCCAUGGGCUUUGCAAAGACAUUGCCGCGGAGAGCAUGAAGCUGCAGGAAGAGCACGCACGGCUCAUGCUCGGACGAGCACGGCGCAAGGCACUCGAGACCUUGGCUCGCGCCAAAUCACAGGAGCCAACACCGGUGGCACCGGCGCCCGACGGCCCUGCCCCGGGGUUCGAGAUGGCCAUGUGCCGCGGCUUUUGGGCUCCAGCGGGUGGCGGCAGAGUUACGACGGACUCGCCCCUGCGACGCUCUUUGCGCGCACCCAAGAGCCGCAGCGCGUCGCCACAGAAUCGCUGA